AAUGAAAAUAGUACUCGUCUUCACCAAUUCUACAUUUAUUUAUCAGUAUAAAUUGAGCAAAUUUUUGUUCGUUUUUGCUUGAGCUAGACGCGUUCUAAUGCAAUACAUACAGCAGCAAAGUACACAAUCAUUCUUUAUUAUCAGCCGACACAUGUUGAUAUGCAUGAAUAUGUGUACUUGCUUAACAUACACUAGUUAAAAAAAAAAGCUGUGUGCAGAACCGCGUCUAGAAAAGCAAUUGGACCUCUAUUUCAAAUUUUCAUUUAGUCGGCGUGAAUGAGUGAACUAACUACACAACAAACUAGUUUCGCUAAAAUGGCGGAAGUUCCUCAAAUAAUUGAUUUAAACAAAAUUAUUGAACCUUAUUUGCAAGGUGCUAAAUUCGUGUCAUAUGAAAGUCGGUAUUUAACCAAACCCGGUGAUAAUUAUGGCAGUAUCAUGCUGACUAUCGAUGCGAAAAUAAAGAAAACUGAUGGUAUCGUUGAGGAAUUGCCAUUGAUUGCCAAAUUGCCGCCUCUUACCAACGAUCUGUAUUGGCAACUAUUUAAGCCAGAACGGACUUGCCUUACGGAAAAUUCGGUUUACAAGUAUUUGGCCCCAGAGUUGGAAAAGCUACAGCUCGAGGCUGGAGUGUUGCCAACAAAACUCUUUGAUGGCUUUCCACGUUAUUUUGGAUCCCGUAUUUCACUUUCUGCAGAAGCUACCAAAGUGGAUCGUGACGCAGUAUUGGUUCAGGAAAAUGUAACGGUAUGCGGCUACAAACCUGGCAACAGGCAUAAGCCUUACGAUCUGGCUCACACCGUCCUCAUUCUGCACUAUAUGGCACAAUAUCACGCUCUGCCCAUGGCCCUGCGUCUUAAAAAGCCGAAAGUUUUUGAGCAAUAUUUGCGGCCGUACUUUAAAAAAUUUAACAUGAGUGAUAAUAUGUCGCCUGAGGUUAAGAAUGUGUUAAACACUGAAACCUUGUCAGAUAUUAUGACAGUUACCAAGAACGAUGAGCGCGAUGUGAAGCGUGCUCAGGAACUAUUGGACCUCUAUGACGAAUUUAAUGCUGCUGAAGACGUUCAGGAUGGACCUUGGACUUCCAUAGUUCACAUGGACUUGUGGAUAAAUAACUUGAUGAUUAAGUAUGAUGACAGUGGUGUUCCUGCAAAAUUAAAGAUUGUGGAUUUCCAAAUUGCCCAAUAUGAGUCUGUCGUCCAUGAUAUAAUCUUUUUACUGCUGUCGAGCGUGGAUACAAUGGUUUUGGAGGAAAAUUAUUACAAUUUUCUACGGAUUUAUUACGAAGCAUUCAUAAAGUCACUGCGCAGAGUGCAUGUGGAUACAACUAAAUAUAGCUAUGAAGAGUUCCUAAAUGAAGUCGACCGAGUGGCGCAUCUACAGGUGCCACAUGCCCUCUUUAUGACAAAGGUUAUCUUGGCCGACAACAGUACGUUACCAACUGACUAUAAGGAUGUUGAUUUGACUGUUUUAACCAAAAACCGAGGAUUAGAAAAUAUCAUGGCUAGGAUAAGUGAUAUUAUUCGGCUGUCUAAAAAGUUUAACAUAUUUUACUGAAAUACAACGAUUUUAGUCACAAAUAUAUUUUAAUAUGUAUUUAAAUUAUUUAA